CUAACUUUCAGUAGCAGAUCAGCGACGACAGGGAAACCGGCUGGAGCAGCGCUUUGACACUUUCUCACAGCCCGACUAAAAGGGAUUUCCUCCAUCUCAAGUUCACAUUUUCGUCUCAGUGAACUUUGUUUGGAUCUUCCUGCUUCUUUGUUUUUGGGAAACCAUGAUGUUCACGACUUUCAACGCGGAGUGCGAUUCGUCCUCCCGCUGCAGCACAGCCUCGCCGUCCGCUGAUAAUCUGGGUUAUUAUCCAUCCCCAGCGGACUCUUACUCCAGCAUGGGAUCUCCCCAAUCUCAGGAUUUCACCGACCUGACAGCAGUAAGUGCCUCCUUCAUCCCAACUGUCACAGCCAUCUCCAAAAGCCCGGAUUUGCAGUGGAUGGUGCAGCCUUUGAUCUCCUCGGUGGCCCCUUCUCACAGAGCUCACCCAUACAGCUCUAACCUCAACGCUGCCUACUCAAGACCAGCCAUGAAGUCUGCAGCAUCCAGGGCUCACAUGUCUACAAAGAGAGGCAGAAUGGAUCAGAUUUCUCCUGAGGAGGAAGAGAAGAAAAGAAUUCGCAGAGAGAGAAACAAGCAGGCAGCCGCUAAAUGCCGCAACAGGAGGCGCGAGCUCACAGACACACUCCAAGCUGAAACUGAUAAGCUGGAGGAUGAGAAGUCCAGCCUGCAGAAUGAUAUUGCCAAUCUGCUGAAGGAGAAGGAAAGGCUUGAGUUCAUUCUGGCUGCUCACCAACCCAUCUGCAAAAUCCCUUCUGAGCUGGACACAGACUUCCCCGUGGCCUCAAUUUCUCCCGCCCGCCCCUGCCUCUCAACCUCCCAGCCACAGACCGCCGUCCCAGAGACCUCUCCGGUCACUUCCAGCCAGCCAGCCUUCACCUCCACCUCCAACUCCAUCUUCUCCAGCGUCGCCCCCAUCCUCUCCACCGCCACCGUCUCCGGCAGCACAGUCAAGAUGACAGACCUGGAGGCCUCUGUCCUGGAGGAGUCUCUGGAUCUGCUCGCAAAGACGGAGAUGGAGAGCGCGCGGUCCGUGCCCGAGGUGGACCUGUCCAGCUCCCUCUACACGACCCAGGACUGGGAACCCCUUCAUGCCACGGCCGGGACCAAUGACUUCGAGCCCCUGUGCACGCCAGUGGUGACCUGCACCCCAGCCUGCACUACCUACACGUCUUCAUUCGUUUUCACCUUCCCAGAAGCAGACACCUUUCCCACGUGCGGCAUCGCCCACAGGAGAGAAAGCAGCAGCAACGACCAGUCCUCCGACUCCCUCAGCUCACCAACACUGCUUGCCCUCUAAAGACUCUUCCAAAAACAAAUCUUCCUUAUUAAGCACAUUUUCUUCAUGCAUAAGACAGAUGUGCAGAUCACAGGGCUAUGGAAAGGACUUGUACCAAGACGCAAAUUAUUUAUGGAUUCAUUUGCCUUUUAUAUAUACUUGCCUGUUACACCGAUGUAGCAAGUUAAAAAAAGCAUGUUUCAACUAAUACCACCUUAGUCGUAUUCUGAGUUCCUUUAAGAUUUUACGGUGCUAGAUGACAAGAUCCGUUGUACAUUGAUAUGUGUUCAGAGCAAUAGCCAUUAUUUACCUAGUUUGUUUUCUGGUUAAUGGAAUGUGACAGUUCUUGUGAAUUAUUUGUGAAACUCUAAAAACUGACGUGCUUUGUCUUAACCAUGGUCUGAGUGGUCCAGUAUGAAGUUUUCUGUGAAAACAUUAGUGGUUUUAAUUUAUGAGAUUUCAAUUUAUUUUUUUAAGAAGUAUGCUGUUUGCAAGAUAUGUAAAUAAAAGAUAGUGAUAUUUAAAUUCA